ACAAUUACAUUAACCAAUGAAUAUAUGAGAUUUAUACAUUGAACUUAUCAAGGAAUCCUUCAUAUAUACAAGGGAGGUUGUAUUUAGGGUGGAUUAACUCAAAUUAAAUUAUGAUUGUGUCUAUAGGAUUAGCAGUUGACUCCCUAUAAUCUCUCUUUUCCAUUUUUUACAGAGCACAAAAAACCCUAAAGAGUAAAGACACUACUACCAUAUAUCUUUAAUUUAAUUGUGAGAUGAUUCAAGGGGAAGUCCUUUGUUUUACCAACGGCGGCGAUGCGGCGGAGGGUGGAAAUGGUGAUCUUAGCAACUUGUACAACAAUGGUGUAUUACUGGAGAGUAGCUACGACGGUGUGGUGGUGGCCGGAGGGUCGUCAUCGGAGGAGAAUCUAUCGAUAAGGUCACUACUUUAUAGCAUAUCGAUGUUGAAGGAGAAAGUUGGAGAUGUUGAGUCAUUUGUGAGUAUUUAUCUAAACCAGCAAGAAAAUCAUUAUUAUGAUCAUUCUCAUCAAACAACAGUUGAUCAACAGUUGACUUCUUCGAUGGCGUUUUCAAGUAUGGCUAACUUGAUCCAAGAAAUCGUCCACACCGCCUCGUUUAUGAUGCUUAGCUGCGAGCAAAUGGCCCUAAGUGGGACGACCACGACGACUACGACACAAAUAGGUAACAUCAAUAAUGAGCUACAUACCAUGCAAAAGGCUAAUAAUCAAGAAGUUUUUAACAAUGGAGAUAGCUUUUAUCAUCACCAUGCAAGCAAGAACACGAACCAAGAGUCGCCGUCGUCGUUGUCGGUAGAGGCGGCUUACGACUUGGUGGAGGUUGACGCGGCAGAUCUACUAGCAAGGUACACUCACUAUUGCCAAGUAUGUGGGAGAGGGUUCAAACGAGAAGCAAACCUAAGGAUGCACAUGAGAGCUCAUGGAGAUAAGUACAAUAAGUUAAGCCUUAUGAGUAACAACAAUAUUAAUAAUAAUAAUAACUCCCUUAAGCGAAACAAAAAUGAUAAUGAAGUAGAACAUAAUAACAACACUAGGACGAAAGCGGUGGCGGUGGCGGUGGCGGUGGCGCCGCCUAGGAAGUACUCGUGCCCACAGAAGGGAUGUAGAUGGAACAAGAAUCAUGUGAAGUUUCAACCACUAAAAUCAAUGGUGUGUGUUCGAAACCACUACAAGAGAAGCCAUUGCCCGAAGAUGUUUGUGUGCAAGAGGUGUAACAUGAAGGAGUUUUCGGUACUUUCAGAUUUGAAGACGCAUGAGAAGCAUUGUGGGGAUAAUGUGAAGAAAUUGUAUUGCUCUUGUGGUACUAGUUUCACCAACAAUCAUAAGCUCAUGGAUCAUGUUGCAUUGUUUCUUGGCCAUACUCCUCUAAUUUAUCCUUAAUUUAAUUACUGCUCAUUUCGGAGAAUCAACAGAAGAAGAUUAAAACGUUAAUGGCGGAGUAUGAUGAGCCUUUGUGGAAUGAGAAGAAGCUUUAAAGAUCCGUAAAACUUAUCAUUUAGAAGAAUGAUUAAUACCCAAUUACCCAUAAAUCCCAUCUCAUGUUCUCAAAAAGGAAAAGUUUAAGAAAUUAGAAUCACAAGUUUGUUGUUGUGAAUGAUAAAUUUGGAGAUUGGAAGGCGGCAAUCUCAAGCAUUGGAGCAUAACCCAUGAUAUAAUUGAUGGCGAAUUACGAUGGAGUAGUAAUACUGUUAUUAG